UAUUUAGCAAUACAGCAAUAAUAAACAAGUUUAUUUACUUAAUAUUUAAUUAAAAAAUUGAGAAUGUAACCUUGUUACCAAUUGUAACCGAUUGAGGCAUAACGUAACUUUAAAAUGUUAUACUAUAACAUUUUUGUGCUAUAGCAUUAAUGUGUUUAAUGCUAUAGUAUCAAUUUCAUAUAACUUAUAGGGAAUGUGUAUUUAAAAUCAAUAUCAUAUAACUUAUAGAGAAUGUGUAUUUUUUUUUAGCUUUUAGCAAAGAAUGUGUUUCUUAACGUUGUUAUUUUUCAUUGAAUUUCUAAAGGUACAAUAUGAACAAUAUACUGGAGACAUGUUUGAAUGAAUUAAAGAUAAUGACAACAACAGAUGCAUACAAAGAAACGAUACAUAUGCUUUAUUUGUACAUUGACAACAUAUUCAAGAACAAGGACUGUGAAAAGUAUAGAAAAAUCAGAAUAGGCAAUGAAAAGUUUCAUCAAAAAGUGUGGCGUUUUGAACCCUGCAGGUUGUUGUUGGAAUUAUGUGGGUUUGAACAGGGCAAUGAAUUUCUUACUUUAUCUGUAAAUGGAGAUAUCAGCAAAGUGCACAGUAUUUUAUUGAAAGAAGCAAUGGAAUUAAACAUACUUGAACCAAAAGUCCAUCCACCUUUAAGUGAUAAGACUCUAACAAUUAGAACCAAAGAUAGUGGUAUCUUUGAAGGUGAAAUAAAUAAAAUAAAGCCUGAUUUGACUCUACUUUCUUACCUGGUUGAAAUGGGUUACUCAAAUAGUGUGGCUGUACAAAGUUUAAUUGCAACUAAAAACAUUGGUGUUCAACCUGCAAUGGACUGGAUAGAAUUGCAUCCUGAAUGCAAGAUUAACAAACCUAUGCAACAUGAGGAACACAUAAAUAAAACCUCUAGUUAUUCCUCUGAGGUAGUGCAACCUUAUCAAGAUGUUAUGAGUUCUCGAUACACUAAAAGUCUUGACGAGAAGCAUAAAUUUCAAGAGAAGCAACGCUUAGAGAUGAUAAAGCGAUCCAAAUUGGAAAAAGAAGAAGAAAUUAGAGUAAAACACAACUUGAUGAUGAAUAUUGAGUCAGAGAAGAAGGAAAAGAGGAUAAAAUACGAGGAAGAAAAGAGGUUGCGUCAUUUUGAUGAAGCUAAGCAACAGAAUGCAGAACAAAUUCAUACAUCAAAAAGUGGUUCAACUGAUAGCAUAAUGCUUCGAAUAAAACUUCCUAAUACAAUAGUCCUCGAUUGGGAAACAAACAGGUUUACAUCUCUAAAUACUCUCUACGAGUAUGUGAGUACCAAAUCUAAAUUAUGUGUGCAUGAUUUUGAAGUUGUAAUCCCUUAUCCUCAUAAAGUGUUGGAGAAUUCUCAUGAGAUAAAUUUGGAACAAGAAGGACUAUAUCCCAAUGGUAUCGUAGUGGUUCAGAUGAUCGCAAGAAUUGGAGCUGCAACUGACCAUAACAAAACUAUUUAAGAAAAAAAAUAUUGUUUUUUAUUAUGUCUCUUUUUGUAUUGUAGUAUUUAUUUUGUAAAUGUUUUUCUUUGUAGUAUGUCUUAAUUUUAUUGGUUUAUAUGUUUAUAACAAGAUUACAAUAUAACAUGUAUUUUUUUUUUAUUCGAAUAGCUUGAUUAAUUUCUUGUUAAAAACUUUUGAUAAUUUAUUUACCACUGGCAGUUAUUAGUUAAUUACGUUUUAUUUAA